AUGGAUGACGACAGCCCAUUGGUAUCUCGAACUUUAUCGAUUGAAUCUAUGGACGUCAAAACAGCGCAGCAAACAGAUCAAGAUCGAGAAAUAAGUCAUGUGUCGCAAAAUGAGAGCGAAAAUCAAUUUAUCUCUCAAAUUUGUGAAUUAUUAUCUCUUGAAGAAGCGGAACAUGAGUCGCGCAUUAUAGCUAGACAAUUACUGAUCAAUGGCCGGCAAGAACUGGUACAUCAUCGUGACAAUAUUGCACCCAUUGAUUUUGAGAAUCAAAUGGAUAAGAAAGGAAACUCUACACUACUCGAAAUCCUCAAACGCUACUUUCAGCAGCAAUGGCAACGAAUUCCAUUUCAUUGGUUCAAUGUAUUCAUCACUGGACAACAAUCUCAAGACAAUGGUAGACACUAUCAACAAGUUUUGGCACGUACAGCUGAGUACGGACAGAAAUACAUGAGGGAGUGCCCAGUGUAUUCCAUUGUUUUGCAACUUGUUUUUAUAUUCAAUGAUGAUAUUAAUAUGGAUGAAACUAAAUUUGACCAAGUUUGGAAUACAUUUGCCAUGGAGGGAUGCAAAACUACUUUGAAAAAAUGGAAAAAAUAUAUUGUAUCUGCGGUUAUGAAAGUACGUGUUGACUCAUUGAAUAGUCCACUAUUCCUUGCGCUACGUGAAUAUUUCCGUGAGCCAGCUCUCUCAUUACUCGAGCAAAGCAACAUUUCAAAUCGACGAAAUCUUUUAGAGAUUGCACUCGAUUGUUUGGCAAAUGAUGGUUGGGUAGUAGGUUUAAAUGAUGUCAAAGUCAAAGAACUCAUCUCUCCAAAAAACCAUAAAUUGUUGAUGGAUAACCUUAGAAAAUAUCUUAAGAUAGAGUUACCAUUACCAUCAGAACCUAGCCCCAGACCCACGUUUGAUAACGAUUUUCAGCCGCCUGCAAAUGAUCCUAUUGUGGCGUAUAUACCUGAGUUACCGCUACAAAUUGUCGAUAAUCACAAAUUAGAAGUUAUGAUUCGUCGAUGUUUAGAACGCAAACAUAAGCAAGAAGUUGCCGAUAUAAAAUGUGACACUCAUUUAGGGAUCGGUAUAGUUUAUCUACAAAACUGCACAGAAAGAGAUCAUUUAAUUAAAGUCAUUGAGUCAAUUAUAUUGGAUUCAGGAGAAAAAGAUAAUAUAAUAAUUAAAUUUGUAUCAGAUCUAGAACUUAUUUCGUAUGUGGUUAUUGACUCAACGAAUUACAGAGAUCUUCCAUCUCCCAAUGAGGUAGCUCAGCGAUGUGUAGAACUUUACAAAUUCAGUCAUUCCGUUCUAUGCGAACAACUUUCCAUUCAAUUUCCAAAUAUAUUUCAAAUAGUUUCAAACUCAUUAGAUGAACUCAUAGAAGCAAUACCAAGGAAAACGUUUUCUAUAAAUGGUCAAAAUGCUACAGUCUAUUUCCGAGCUGAUUGUUGUUUUCUGGAGGAAUUACCUCGACAUACGAAUAUAAAUCAAUUACGACAUGUGAUUACCGAUCAAAUUUCACAAGAGAAUACCUCAACAGAGUCAAUUUACAUUCAAUAUAAUCAAGCAACGACAAAUGCUGUUGUAUUAACACGCUUGAGCGCUCGAAGAUGGGCCUUAUUCGAUUCGAUCAAUCUGGACGGGCGAAGAAUUCAAAAGAAAAAUAGUCUUCCUUAUCGUCUUCUUGUGCGGCCGAUACCGAAAGAUUUAUCUAUCUCUCAUAUUAAAAACCACAAGAUUUUUGAAAAUACUGUUGAUCAAGUUUUAGUCAAGGACGAUCGCCUGAUUGUUGAACUUUCAGACAAGAUUGUAUAUGAAAAGUGUGUUAAUCAAGGUGCUCUACGUGUUGGCGAUCAAUUCCUAUUUGUCGAAGAUGUCCAAAUCAACACAUCUUCUAAAAAUUCUGAAGAGAGGGAAAUUAAUGCUGAAAAUUGGUACGAAACAGAGAUGUGUAAGCAUGAGCCGGAUAUUAUGCCGUUUAUUAGCAAUCCAAAACAUCCUAUCUUUCGUUGGAAAUGGAAUCCUCAGGCCUUUCAGGAACAAUAUCGACGUUACGCUACGAUACAGCGAAGAGAUAUGACAAGUAAGCCCGAUCGUCGUGGUAUAGAUGACAAUCAAAAACGGCAUCUCUUACGAGUGACAGUAAUGUUGAAUACUAUCGGUACAGUGUGGAGGGGGGGUUAUCGUGUAGGUGAACGGGAGAUUAAAAUAAAAGAAGAUCUGUUAAAAACAAUCGUUUAUGACCAUCGAUCGAAGUUACAGCACGGUGCAACAAUGUCAUUAUUCGAAGCGACCAAAGUUCCGUAUACCUCUACGUUGAUUAAGGUAGUCGAUGAGGAUUGUCUCUAUGUUUAUCAGCGAUUAAUUGCUCAGAAAUGUCGUCCUGUGCUUCUUAACAUGGCCAAUGCCGAUUCACCAGGUGGAAGCUAUCGUCAAGGUGCUGGCGCUCAAGAGGAGACUCUUUUUCGUUGUUCGAAUUACUUUCGAAGUCUCGAUACUGAUCUGGAUGGCGGGAAAUCAACUAGCCGUUUUUGUUGUAAUUCAAAUUGUGAAUUGGAAAUUUUGUCGGAGAGGCAACGGAUGUAUCCAAUGGAAGAAUUUGGAGCAAUCUAUACAUCGGGACUCACCGUUUUUCGGCGGGCUGAAGACACUGGAUAUGCCUUUAUGGAUGAACCAUUAUCCAAUGUAUGUGCUAUUGCGAUGACUGCCUAUAGAGAUCCAAAGGUGGAAAAUAAUCGUCUAACUCGGAAAUUCUCCAUCGGAAUGCGCAAGAAAAUUGAGAAUAUCUUUGCCAUUGCUUAUCAUCACAAACAUGAUUGUCUCAUUUUGUCUGCUUUGGGAUGUGGUGCUUUCAAAAAUCCUCCGAAACAUAUUGCAACAAUCUUCAAGUCCGUUGCCGAACAAUAUGCGGGAUUUUUUAAGAGCAUCUAUUUUGCUAUUGUUGACGAUCACAACACUGGUUUACAAUUCAAUCCACAAGGAAAUUAUCGUCCCUUUAAGCAAUUACUCGAUGAGCCAGAAUUGGAAUCAACGAAACACAAAAUGAAAGAUAUGAUGAUUGGACCACGGAGAAUUCUGAAUAUGCCAAAUCCGCAACAGGUUACGUUGAGUGAUAUACGAAUUUCUUAUCUAAUACCAUGCUAUCACGGAGGAAAAUGCAACGACAUAGAAGAUGCCCAACAUUGUCGUGAAUACUCUCAUCCAUCAUUGUGUCCAUCAAUUGGCAGCGGAACAACCUGCAAAUUGUCGGACGAUGAAGAUCACAUGCUCUGGUUUAUCCAUCGAUCCAAGUGUCCGUAUGAUAGUGACUGCCAAUUAGUGCGGGCAGAUGUCAAACAUGCAAAUCAAUUCGAACAUCCACAAUAUAGUCUGGUUCAGCCGACGAAACUUGUUCCGUGUCGUGAUUCAAUCAAUUGUCUUUGCCAAGAAGAUACCGAUCAUAUGAAAACAUAUUCACAUCCUUGUCCAUACACUGAGUUGUGUCGACAGAAAAUCCGCGAGCCCCAUCUGACACAUGAAUCUUAUGUUGUAGGUUCCUGUUCAAAUGGGAAAUCGUGUAGAAUACUCGAUGAUCCUCUACACCGGGCAAAGUAUCGGCACACCGACAUGCCUGACUUACUCAUUCCUUGUCGCUAUCAACAACAAUGUCAUGACAAGUCGUAUGAGCACAGGAUCAAAUAUUCGCAUGGGGAAUAUGUUGAACUAUCACCUAAAGAUACAUAUUCCAAGGGAUCACCACCACCAAUCUCCCCUCUUUAUCAGGAUAGAACGUUAGAUUACAAGCAACUAACUCCUUGUCGACAUGGAUUAGGUUGCCCUUAUAUUUAUGAUACGCAUCAUCGCUCACAGUACUCACAUUCUGACGAACAACAUCAUCGAUCUGGAGAAUCUAAUCAUCGACAGAAAAUUCCAUGCAAACAUGGCAUUCAAUGUCGAGAUAUUGGUAAUCCCAAUCAUCGUUCGAAAUAUUUGCAUCCUGAUUACUGA